AUGGAUCAAGAAACUGGAUCGUCGUCAACGUCUGCGAACCAAAAGGCCCCUGCAAACUCCAACCAGCAGGAUGAGUCAAGAGAAGAGACAGAUCGCAAAAGGAAUAAUAUUCGCAAAAGGACAAAGACCGGAUGUUUAACUUGUCGCAAGCGUCGAAUAAAAUGUGACGAAGGAAGGCCGAUAUGCAACAACUGUAUCAAAUCCAAACGCCAUUGCGAGGGCUACAACCAACGUGUUAUCUUCAAGGACCCUAUGGGUGCGAUACAAGGAGGCCCUUUUGGACCUGCUUAUUAUCCUCCUGGAUCUACGCACCUGGUCCCUCACUUACAAGCGAAGACCUCUCAGGGCCCAUUGCCCAUAAUUGCUCCUAAGCCACCUUCCUUUGGCUAUCAUGGACACCAACCGGCACCCUACGGGCAUUAUAUUCAUGGACAAGAAACCAUGCCCCCAAAUCCCUACGAUUUCAACGCCCCAUCAAUGCCUCAUCCAUAUCACCAACCGAACGGUAUGAUGCCUCCUGAGCCUCCGAUGGGAUAUCCUAGGCCGCCCCCGGACGCUCGACAACACUAUGAGGGACCUCCUCUCAACGGACAAGAUGGUCUCCCCUACGCGGGUAGUAGCCAGCCGGAACCUGUUGCCAUCAAGAGAGAAAGGAUGGAGGAGCUGAACCACAGAAUACCUGAACCCGACUUCGACUAUGACGACUAUGAAAUGCCGGAGGAUGAUGCUUCGAUGGGUGAAUCAGACGAUGAGGUUCAAGAUCCUCGGCAAGUUCUUGGACCUGUCAUGAAGCAGUUCAAUGGAACGUGGGACACAAACGGCACACGAGUCCGAACCUUUUCGACAUUUGCUCAGUGCAAUAUUCUUUCUGAUUAUACAGCUACAGCUCGGAUAACGGAACUCAAGGACCCUGCAAUGUUGCAAAUCUUCAUGCACUUUAUCCAAGUUACCGGCCCAAGCAUGUCAUUGUAUGAAAGGCAUCCUUUUGAUCAUACUGGCGAGAACUCUUUCGACCCUACCCCGAAAGGGGCUAAUAAUCUUUGGAGUUACACCUUCCCCGUCAUAUCUUUGAACCACCCCGCGUUGCUUCACUCUAUGCUUGCCUUGGGCGCCUUGCAAAUUGCAAAGCUGCAAAACAUACCAGCCACAGCUGCAAUGAAACACUAUCACUUGGCAAUUCGCCGAAUAGCUCGAAACGUCAACACACCCCUCAGACGAACACAACCUGCAACAGUAGCUGCGACACUGUUGUUGUCGUAUUUUGAGGUUUGGUCUUCGGAUCAUACCAAAUGGUGUAAUCAUCUUCUUGGUGCCAGAAUCUUGUUUAGCGAAAUACCCCUUAGACAGAUGUCAAGGAAAUAUUUGCCAGUCAAGCGUUACAAACAGGCAGAAAAAGACGCACAGAACCAGAAUCAAAUGGACAGCUUCUUCCCGGGUUUGAGUAUCCCCUCUCAGAGCGAACUCAUUGACCUGGAUUACAGCCUGCUGCAGGCAAUUUCGGGCCAGCAUAUAACGGCAGAGGACUAUGGACUUGGGGCAAAACAACCAAUAGACCUAUCUCGGGCGGUGACCGAUAGAGAUAUCGAGCACUACGAAAACAUCCGAGAUUUAUUCUGGUGGUAUUGCAAAAUGGAUGUGUAUCAGAGCAUGCUGGCAGGUACCAGACUCUUCAUGAACUACGAAUCUUGGUCUCAGUGUCCUCCCAGGGCACCAAUUUCGAAACUUGAAGCUAUAUAUGGAUCGUAUGAUCAUCUUAUGCUUUUACUUGGCAGGCUUGCAGAUUUUUCUUCAAAAGAUAUUUCAAGAAAACGAAAAGCAAGUCUCGCCAGGGGACCUCCUCCUGGAGCUGGUGGCAGUUCACCACCAUCAUUCCCUGGGAUCGUUCCUACGGAUGGAAAGUUCCACGUACCAAGAGGUUUUACACCACCCCGUGAGACAUCGCCACAGAGUGACUCUACAGAGGAUCACGAUGCAGACGCGAGUUACCAGGCUGCCCUUGAGGAGUGGGAGUCCAUCAAGCGGGGCUUCGAAGCAUAUGAAAGCGGCUUAGGACCAGAGUUUCAACCGCUCAAGCCAGAGUUCUCAGAUAAACGAGACUCGCCAUUCGGAAUGACGAUGCAAUAUCGGACAUUUUCUGUUGCUGGAAUCUGGAUGAACUUUUAUAUGGGCAUGAUAAAUCUUGUUCGAUGCCACCCUUCGAUGCCCCCUGCGGCGAUGCAAGCAGCUGGCAUGUCAGCACGUCAGACAGGUCCAUAUUCGAACAAACUGGGCCGAAUAGCGGCUGGCUUGUCGGAAGACGUUUCACAGGCAACGGAGAUCACAACUCUUGUCAGUGCUGCGUUCAUCGAGAGUUGCUUCUGCCUUUUCGUAGCAGCGAUUGAGUAUCAAGAUGAGAAACAGCGGCAUUGGGUGAUACGUCACUUACGGGACAUCACUCGAUUGACAGGAUGGCAAUCAGCAGAACGUAUUGCCACUGGAUGCGAAUCCUCUUGGAUCAAGGCCGCGCAGCUUGGUCGUGGUCCUCCGUACCAGCGUGCCCCGGAGACCGAACCAGUGCCUGUCGCAAGGUGGCAGAACCCACGACAGAUCGAUCGAUUCAUACACGAAGUCGAGACAGGCGAAGUUCGUCGUAUCCAAAUACCCAAGGCAGAACGGGCUUCGCUUGCGUUGGGCCUACUCAGUGUUGAGCGAGAUCUCGAAUUUCUUGAUCUUAAGGAUGACAAUUGAAGCAAUGUAUAGCAUGAACUGGCUUGUUAUAUACUAUGGAUAUUAAGUUUCUGGGACUUUUUAUAAUGCAGCGUAUGCUCUGCUCCUUGAUUAGUGCCUUGAAUAUCAAGUUCAGGUAUCAUUUAGCGAUCUGGAAAAUCGGAAAAAAAGGGAUGGAAGCAAUAUUCACGAAAUUCGUUCAACCUGAAGAAACGUUGGAAGUCUGGCGGAACCGCAGUUGGCGAGUGCCCCUACUACAUUAAUGAUACAUAAUUCUGGCCCUCUUCUUGUGAGGCCCUCGAUGUUUUCGUCAAAACCUCUGUGAAA